UAUCAACAGACCCCAUGGCUGAUUCCCAUUUUUGUAGUGGCAAAUAUUGUAAUUUUCAUGAUCACAAUGUACAUUAAUAACUGUCCAAGGAAUUAUGGUUCGUGUUUCGCUCCAUUUCUAGGGAGGUUUGCCUUUCAGCCUAGGAGCCAGAAUAUGAUGUUAGGACCUUCACCUCACACGCUAGAGAAGAUGGGGGCUCUAGAUGUGACUGAAGUGGUUCAUGGGCACCAAGGAUGGCGCCUGAUCACUUGCAAUUGGCUACAUGCUGGGCUUAUCCAUAUACUUGCCAAUAUGUUGAGCCUUCUAUUUAUCGGAAUUCGCCUUGAACAAGAAUUUGGAUUUGCGAAAAUCGGUCUAUUGUAUGCCAUCUCUGGGUUUGGUGGGAGCUUGAUGUCUGCUCUCUUUCUCAAACCAAAUGAUAUCUCAGUUGGUGCUUCUGGUGCACUCUUUGGACUACUGGGGAGCAUGCUCUCUGAACUCCUCACAAAUUGGUCAAUCUAUGUUUACAAGUUUGCAGCACUAUUCAUCCUCAUCUUCAUCAUUGUGAUCAACUUAGCUCUUGGGCUCUUUCCUCAAGUGGACAACUUUGCUCAUAUUGGAGGAUUCAUAUCUGGGUUUCUUCUCGGAUUCAUCUUCUUGGUUCGCCCUCAGUUUGGAUGGAUUAAACAACAGAAGAUUCUUAGAUAUUCUACCACCCCAAUCAAACAGAAGCAUACAGUAUACCAGCACAUAUAUUGGAUUUUAGCUUCUGCCCUUUUAAUUGCAUGGUUCACUGGUGGGCUUGUUUUGCUUUACCAUGGGGUAAAUGUAAAUAAUCACUGCUCAUGGUGCCGUUACUUGAGUUGUAUCCCUACUUCAAAAAGGAGCUGUAGGUGAUCAGCUACAUGAGUAUAAGCAUCCUGUCCAACCAUAUGGCUGCUGAAAACAUUCUUAGAAUCAUCUUGAGCAAAUUCAGAUAUAAGGAACCUGCUGAUCUGGGAUAUAAAGUUCUUUAGCUAUCGAUUUUCCGGUUGACAUAUACCUUGACGAUAUUACAUUUAUUGUUGUUGUGUCUAUUCUCCAUUUAUAUCAGUUGAUUCAUGUGUACAACUUUCGAA